GUCUGUUUACGGCUCCUCGCGCAGGCCAGUUGACUGUUGAUGUCAGGUAGGUGGUUGAGAUUAAGAAGCGAUUGCGAAUUUGCUCUCGCGUUUGGUUUGGUAAUCACAGAUAGGGCGUGCUUAGGUGGUUUAAUUUAAUUUCCACUUGCGCCUCUUCAUGUUGCUGUCAUUUGCUCUUUAUACUCCCAUUUCUGAUUACGUUUCAGAUUCCAUACUCUCUCUGGGGUGCCGGAUUUCUCGGGUGUUCUUUUUCUCUCUUCUAAGACUUUUUGAAUGCUCUGAUGAUUUUGAUUAAUGGGCUGUGUUUGCUUUGAGCCAUUGAGAAUCUGAAAUUCCCCUACGAUUUGGAGAGAAAAAAAUGAACCAUUUUCCUGGGACUCCAGGGACUUUAUCUGGGCUUGUUCUCAGGAUUUCACAGUCCUUCUUUGCAAUUGGUUCGACUGCUUCUAUGGCAACUGCUUCUGGCUUCUUCAAUAUCACAGCUUUCUGCUAUCUGGUCGCUUCAAUGGGUUUGCAAAUAAUCUGGAGCUCUGGGCUUGCAUUCUUGGAUGCUUAUGCCUUGAUGAAGAAAAAGGCUGUCAACAGUCCUGUCCUGGUCAGCCUUGUUGCAGUUGGAGACUGGCUCUGUGCUCAAGUUUUGAUCCGUAAACAAACGUCAAGUCAUCCUUACCUUCCUCCGGCUUAUCACGAGCAGUCUGUUCAGGAUUCCAAAUUCAAUGGCGGAAAGUGAAAUGACAUCUUAAACCAAAUAUUUGUUUCCGUUGAACUUACUAGUGUUGUCUGUCUCAUGUUAGGGUUGUAUUCCCCUAAGAUAUAAAGAUUGCUAACAGCGGACAUUGCAUUAAGCCUUCUGCAGCCUUGCAUCUGGAUAGCUUUAAUCUGCAAGCUUCCUGGAACUGGAUUAAUGAGAUUCUUCGACAAUGAUUGGAAUUGUUUCCAGUGACAUACUGUACUAGAAAGAAACAGCCAUCAGUGAAAAUUAGCAGGGAAGCAUUUGAACAUGGAGGAUGCUUUGCUGACACAUGGAAAAACGAAAUGAAAGAAAUUUAAUCCGUCAAAGGAACUGCAGGACCAUUCCCCAUACGCUCUUCGUGAAGGAUCGUUGACAAACAAAUUAUAUAAAGAAGCAAUGUUAGAAUGCUACUUUCUCCUAAUUUUAAUUUAAUUUAAUUUGGCUCAUUGAA